AUGGCGGCCGAGAGUGACGCUUGGCUCGAGCUGCACGGCGUCACCGCAGUACUAGACACGACCGGCGGGUGGAGGCGGAAGUCGUCCGCGCUCGACGGGCAGAGCUGGGUGCGCGAGCCGCCGCCGCCGCCCGGUCGCCGCCAGCAUCUCCAGCUUCCGGCGGAGGACCGCGCCGACUUCAACAUUGAGCCGCUCCUCCGGCGCGGCGUCGACUUUAUCCGCGAGGCGAUCGGGGCGGGCGGCUGUGUGCUGGUGCACUGCCACGCGGGCGUCUCCCGCUCAGCCACCCUCGCCGCCGCGUACCUGAUGGAGGAGCACGCCCUCUCCGUGCGCUGCGCCCUGCGACUCCUCACCGAGGCGCGCCCGUGCUGCCGGCCCAACCCCGGCUUCGAAAAGGCGCUCGUCGGGUGGGAGAUGCGAGUGCGCGUG